UGAAACAUUUUCCACGGCUAUUUAUCACCAAUAAAUCAUCUUUCCGCUUAUCACGCUCCUGUUUGUAAACAUUGUUAGAGAGGUAUAUUUUUCUUACGUACGAGAGAUUAUGUUCAUCCUUUUUGAGUUCUUUUUUCCGAAAAAUGACUGAGAAAACUACUCUUACGUGUUUUCAUUGCAGUGCAUCGUUUACCAGAAAAGAUAAUUUGGUUCGUCAUAUCAAAAACUUUCAUCUUAAUCCAAAAAUAAAUAAGAAAAAUGGUAAUCUUGAUCUAAUUGAGUACUGCAUUCCAACUUCCUAUCUAUCAUUCUGUUUGAAAUUUUCAUGUUUAAAAAUCAUUUUCCUGAAUUUGUUUUAGUCAAAGUUAAAGUAAGACGAAUUGUAUGUCCUCUGUGUAAUGUGAUUAUACCUGGUAAAUUCUCCAAUUUUCACCACCAUCUAACACUAAUACACAAUGUUAAUCUUGAGCAACAAUGUGUUACUUUCAACUCUUUCAGUGGUAAGUAAUAGGUACAUUAAUUAAGAUUCUCGCAUAUUGUUAAUUCAAUUGACUAAAUUAUCACUGAGCUGUCAUUUUUCUUUCAUUUUUUCUUAGAAUUCCAAACAUGGAAGUUGGAAGAGGAAAACAAAACGAUGUCUAAAUUCGUGAAACGUAGGAGAGAAUAUACUCGGAAGAAUGGUAGUACUGUCGGAUAUUACGUCUGUCACCGCAGUUUUCAUUUCAAAUGCACGAAAAAAAGAAAAACAUCUCGAAGGAAAAAUCGUGGAUCAAAUAAAAUCGGAUAUGCAUGUUCAGCUAACAUGAAAGUGACGAAAACAAAUCAACAAAUCACAGUAAACUAUUGCAAUUCACAUGUUGGUCAUUGCUGUGAAGUUGGUAGGCUAACGUUGAAUGCUGAAGAAAAAGCUGAAUUAGCAGGUAAAAUGAAACAAGGUGUUCCGUUGUCCAGAGUUUUGGAUGAUAUCCGAGAAGAGGAGCCUACCACCAUUAAAAGAAUACAUCUCACCGACAGAAAUGACCUCCAUAACAUAAAAAAAACUUAUGGAAUUAAUUGCCCUUUGAGGUACGAUAAUAACGAUCCUACAAGUGUAGCUGUCUUCAUAGAGAAAAUGAAAAUGAAUGAAAAAGGCAACCCAAUAAUUUUUUUCAAAGAUCAACAAACGGAGCUGGAAUCGUUUGAGAAAAAAGAUUUUAUUCUGAUAAUGAUGUCCGAGUUCCAAAAGGAAAUGUUUGUAAAAUAUGGCCAUCGUUGCGUCUGUAUUGAUGGUACUCAUGGAUUAAACGAAUAUAAAUUCAUUUUGUACACCAUCGUAGUCUUGGAUGAAUUUGACAACGGAAUCCCAGUGGCAUUCUGCUUUAGUAAUCGCGGCACGCUUCAAUUGUAUACGCUUUUCUUUGAAAAAGUCAAAGAAUCCUUGGGAAAAACGAUUACUACGAAGAUAUUCAUGUCCGAUGGCGAAGUCACCUUUUACACAGCUUGGGCUGCAGUUAUGGGUUCAGCUGAGCGGCAAUUGUUGUGCUUGUGGCAUCUGUAUAAAACGUGGAACCAACAUUUUCCGAAGAUUGAUGACUUGAACAAAAGAAAACUAGUGAAAAAAACGUUGUAUGCAGUAGCAGCUGAACCUAAUGUUGAAAAUUUUUGCCAAGAGUAUAAAAACUUUUUGAAGCAGUUGGAAGAAGACGAAGAUACUGUUAAAUUUUAUAAGUACUUGAAUGAUUAUUAUACUAAAAACACUGAAUCAUGGGCUGCCUGUUACCGAUCUCAUGCUGUAAUUCAAACGAACAUGCAUUUGGAAAGUUUUCAUAAAACGAUCAAGUAUCAUUACUUGAAUGGUAAACGAUGCUCGCGAUUGGAUAAUACUAUUUAUCAGCUGUUCCGCUACCUUCGAGAUAAGAAAUAUGACCAUCUUAUAAAGUUAGCCAAAGAAAAACCCACGAAGAAAUCCAAAGCCAUCCGAGAAAGUCAUGCUAAAUCUGCUGAUUAUAUCAAUUCAGUAGAAAUAAUUGACAAUGGAAAAUAUCAAGUCAAGGACUACGAGGUCACGUUACAACAACCUGAACCAUGCUGUUUUCAUGUAUGCAAAGAAUGCAAAAUCUGCAUUUGUAUGUACGUGUGUUCAUGCAGAGAUAGUCAGAUCAAUAGAAAUAUGUGUAAGCACAUUCAUGCUUGUGUGCAAAAAGACGAAGAGAUCAAUCAAGAAUUGGCCGAUGAUGAAAAUUGUAACUCUUUAUCCGUAGUACCUACCAACAGCGAUAUACCUACCAACAGUGUAACAGAAAACAGCAACCAGAACCUAUUGUUGGAAAGUUACCACUUCGGAGACGAAAUAUUACCAACUGUUCAAAGAGAAUCUUUAGAUGAUGCAAAAGUUGAUUUAAUUGCUCGCUGUAAUGUAAUUUCUGGUUAUUUAUCCAACCGAAGUGUAAAGAAAGAAAGUAUUGACAUCGUCAGGAAACUACUAGAUCGAGCGACAGCAGUUUUAAUGGAAGAGGAAAAUUCAGAGAAAGAGAAGCGUUCGAAUCCUGUCAACACGAACAGUAAAAUAGAAAAGCAGACGUAUUAUUUUAAAAAAGAAAAGAAGAAAAAACGUAUACGCCCCUGUUUAUCAGGAGAUUCUGAAAACAUCAUCUUGGAGCCACUUCGAAGAGAGGAUGGUGACACAGCAGAAGCUUUAAAUAUUAUCGACUUCGAAGACAGUUCACAUUGUUAUGAUGUUAAAAAAAAGAAAAAAAAACAAGAUGCGCCGAUAGCAGAUUUACUAGCCAAACCGGAAAAGACUUCACUAGACAUCCCGGACAUCCGAAUUGAAAACCUGAUCAACGGCGUCAUCGGCGAUGAAUCUUCACUAGACAUCCGAAUUGAAAACCUGAUCAAUGGUGAUGAAUCCCGAAUUGACGUACCCGACUUUGCAGCAUCAGUGGAGGUACACUCUACUAAUGCAACCUUGCCGGCUUCGAAUAAAGUGAACAUUGCUAUGUAGAAAAAAAAAGUUUCAGAAAUAACAGCGAGAUGUAACGUUGGUAACCGAGAAAUAUAGUAAUGGAGCUAUAGUUCUUGUUUUCGUGGUUGAUGGGAACUGGGAAGUCCAAUUUCAAUGCUCGUUUUGAAUACUUGGAUGAUUUUUAAAAAAUAUGCACGUAUAAUAAGCAUAUUUAUUCGUAUCUGUUCUACAGUUCUGUUUUUUUAUUUUUUUAUAAUUCGAUUCGUAUUAUUAAAUUAGAUAAUAUGUUCAGAGUUCGCAAGUUCGCAAAAAUUAUUAUUUGUAGUACUCCUCCGCAAAAAAAGAAGCUACAUAAGAGAUAAAUAGCCGUGGAAAAUGUUUCACUCCCCAUCAAAACAGUAAUUUAUCGGUGAAAACUAGACACCCUCCCGUCGGUCUUUACACGCUCCUGUCUCACACGGAAAUAAACCCUUUGAAAACGGGCUUCCAAAAUGCGUUGAGAGAAAUGUUCAGUUACAAAAAACAGGUGGCCAGGAACUGGUUUAUAAAAAUACUAAAAUGCUCGUUUGUGCUUGGGAAGAUAGUUGUACUGAUGA